CAUUAAUAAUAGGCAGAAGUUACAGAGUGACAAUGGCCAAAUUCGUGUUUGAUAAGUGCCAGUACACGAAACUCUCAGCUUUUGAUUUACUUUCUAACUUCUGCCGAUGAUAUAGAUACAUACAUAUAUGUGUAAAAAAAUCUCAUCAUGCAAUCGAACCAAUGAAAGAGCCUCUACCUGGUCGCUUGACACGCUAAAAAUAGCAGCCAAAGUAUCCUCCUACCUAAAUCACUCGCCCAUCGUACGUAAUGUCCUAGAUUAUCCUUAAAAAGACGGUUUGCUGAAGGCUGGGAUGUUUUUGAUGAUAGGUUUGCUGUAUCAGGGUUGAUUUGAGUCUAAAUAACAACAAAAUUAUUACUGAGACAGACCAACGACAGAGCCUGUAUGUUGUUGCAUGACCUGCUAGAAAAAGUAGCCAAACUUUUUUUAUAUACAGAAUAGAAAAACCUGACACAUCCAAAAUUUCAAACUGUUUAGUUAAAAAAAAAUAAUAAAAAAAACCUGUAAGAUCCGUGAAACUACUCUCGUACAACACUGGAUAUUAGCCAUGAUAUGUACCGAGUUCCCAUGACAUUUUCUAUUUAUUUCAUACGAAAAUCUGAAUAAAUUAUGCUAGUCAAGGGAAUCCCAAUAUUUGGAAUAUGGAUACUUGCUAUCUUUUAUUCUUUCAGCUUUUCUUCAACUUUAGCUGCUUCAUCAUUCAGGGAAGAAUAUUGUUUUAACCACAGGAUAGCUCUCAUUGCAAUGGAUCUGUGAGAAAAGGCGUUCCAGCCAUGACAAGUUUGGCUUAUUCUUUUGUAGAAGUAAUGAAUUCCUUAGUGAACAUUAUAAAAUAACAUACACUUGAAUUUUUUUUUCUUGAAGACGGAAAUUUCAUUUUUCUUUUUGUCAAGAAGAUUUGGUUGCUCUUUCUAGCAACUCGAGCGACCAGGUAAAAGCUCUCUUGUUGCCUCGUCUCGUUCCCUUCGUCACCUGUUGUUUAGUCCCGAGUUGGAUCUGAUUGAACAGAUAUGAUCAAAGACGUCCCAAAUGUGGCCAUUCCGUCUUUCUUCCCAGACAUAAUGGACUCUAGGUGUAUAUCACAGGAUAGAGGUUUUCCUAUUCUUAUAUAAAAAAAAGUUUGGCUACUCUUUCUAGCAGGUCAUGCAACAACAUACAGGCUACAUCGUUGGUCUGUCUUAAUAAUAAUUUUGUUGUUAUUUAGCCUCAAAUCAACCCUGAUACAGCAAACCUAUCAUCAAAGACAUUCAAGCCUUCAGCAAACUGUCUUUUUAGGGGAUAAUUGUGGUGUUUGUGGUGUUGUGGACUGUGAUGAGCUAUGUGGUGAUAGUGGAGAGGAUUGCAGAUGAGGCAAACGGAAGUGAAGACUGCAGGGACUGGUGGAAGAGCCACGGGGCAUGAUCGCUCAUCCCACCUCAGUCAACAGUUAUUUGACUGUGGUCAUGCUGGAGCAUCGCCUUUUGUGGAACAAUUCAACCCCAGGACUUAUUUUUUGAGUGAAAAUUGGUCAACACAGUUGUUGUCAUUGAGGUUCAGUGAUUCUGAAACAGAAUCAGGUGGCAGGUCUUCUUUUUCCAAGAAAUUUUUCCUCAACUGUGAUCCAAUUGUAAUUGAAUUGCUAAUAAAAUAUCUUGAUAAUUUCUGGUGUUUAUCAAUCAAUAUUCUUUUCUCUGUUGGAUUCCAAGUCAAUUUUUUCCCACACUAA